GGGAUGCGGCGUGCACCACGCGCAGAUAGUGUGCACGAGGCUGUCGCUGACCUUGGUGCUGAACAGCCAGAGGUUCUCGCGACGUCAGAAAAGCUGGGCUCUUCCACUGAGACGCGCGCGCCCAGCUCUGUGGUUUAUAGAAGCAACUCCACACACCGCUAGUUCCCGCUUUUACUGGUUGUUUCUUGUUUAAAUUAUAUGGAUAUCACCGUAGACGCUUCUAACGUUUUUCUCUUUCGUUCGCUUCAGGAAUUAUCUGUUGAUUUUCAUUGGGAUGCGAUUGCAUGCACUUGUACGUGAGGCGAACGAUUAGUUUGUAUGGGGAAUGGGGAAUCAGAGCUCAUCUGAUUUCUCUCAUAUGUAGGCGUUUUUACAGCGAUCGACGCGUGAUAGGCUACAGAUCUUGUCUGUUUUACUUAUCAAUAAAUCAGAUACAUCGCUUGCUCCACCGGUUUGUUCGGUCACAUUGUACUGAAACAUGAAGCUUAAACAAUAGACAUUUUUGUGAAAAACAUCAAAUUUGGAUAUGGAGUCCGUCAGAAUGAGAAGCCAAAGAGGGGAUAAAGGAAUUUGGGGCGAAGACCCUGGGGCAGAUGUACAAGGUGAUGGAGAAGCGACAGGGAACUGGUGAAGUUAUCGAACUAACAGAGGACGGCAGGCCCUCUGAGGCCCAGGAGAAGAAAGCACCUCUGUGCGACUGCACAUGUUUUGGGCUGCCCCGCCGAUACAUCAUCGCCAUCAUGAGCGGUCUAGGCUUCUGUAUCUCCUUCGGCAUCCGAUGCAAUCUGGGCGUGGCCAUCGUGGGAAUGGUCAACAACAGCACKAUUCACAAAGAUGGGAAGAUCAUCAUCACAGAGAAAGCAAAGUUCAACUGGGACCCAGAGACAGUCGGUAUGAUCCAUGGUUCGUUUUUCUGGGGCUACAUAGUGACGCAGAUCCCGGGAGGGUACAUAUGCUCGAGACUGGCAGCUAACAGGGUUUUCGGUCUUGCCAUUUUCCUUACCUCGACGCUCAAUAUGUUAAUCCCCUCCGCGGCACGGACGCAUUAUGGACUGGUCAUCUUUGUGAGAGUAUUGCAAGGGCUGGUGGAGGGAGUGACCUACCCAGCCUGCCAUGGGAUCUGGAGUAAGUGGGCUCCYCCUCUGGAGAGGAGUCGCCUGGCCACCACCUCCUUCUGUGGUUCCUAUGCUGGUGCUGUCAUAGCCAUGCCUCUAGCAGGGAUCCUUGUGCAGUACUCAGGCUGGUCCUCUGUGUUCUAUCUCUAUGGGUGCUUUGGGAUCUUCUGGUAUGCGUUCUGGAUCCUUGUGUCGUAUGAAAGUCCUGCUGUGCACCCUACCAUCACCCAGGAGGAACGAGUCUACAUAGAGGAGAGCAUCGGGGAGAGUGCCAAGCUCAUGGGCCCUGCUGAGAAAUUUAAGACCCCCUGGAAAAAGUUCUUCACCUCCAUGCCUGUCUAUGCAAUCAUCGUGGCCAACUUCUGCAGAAGCUGGACCUUCUACCUACUGCUUAUCAGUCAGCCGGCCUACUUUGAGGAGGUGUUUGGGUUUGAGAUAAGCAAGGUUGGCAUGGUGUCUGCCCUGCCCCACUUGGUGAUGACAAUCAUUGUGCCCAUCGGAGGGCAGUUGGCUGACUACCUACGCAGCAGGAACAUCCUGUCUACCACUACAGUCAGGAAGAUCAUGAACUGUGGAGGGUUUGGCAUGGAGGCUACGCUGCUGCUGGUAGUGGGAUUUUCCCACACCAAAGGGGUGGCUAUUUCCUUCCUGGUCCUUGCUGUGGGCUUCAGUGGAUUUGCCAUAUCAGGAUUCAACGUCAAUCACUUAGACAUUGCUCCACGCUAUGCCAGUAUCCUUAUGGGCAUAUCCAACGGUGUGGGCACCCUGUCUGGCAUGGUAUGCCCAUUGAUCGUAGGUGCCAUGACAAAAAACAAGACUCGAGAAGAGUGGCAGUGGGUGUUCCUCAUCGCUGCUCUGGUUCACUACGGGGGAGUCAUCUUCUAUGGCAUCUUUGCCUCUGGAGAGAAGCAGCCGUGGGCCGACCCAGAGCUGACCAGCGAUGAGAAGUGUGGCUUCAUCGAUGAGGAUGAGCUGGCAGAGGAGACGGGCGACAUCACCCAGAGUUACGGUGCCCUGGGCGGCGGUCCGGCCAAAACGUAYGGUGCYACUACGCAGAACGGGGGCUGGGCURACAGCUGGGAUAAGAAGGAGGAGUUUGUCCAGGAAGAGGCAGAGGGAGGGCCGUAUGGCUACAGGCAGGACCAGGACUACUCCUAGAGACAGCAGACACAAUGACCAUCAAACGGUAGACUUAUUUUGUAGUGUUUACCAGUUUAGACGAAGUCAAAAACCAAAUAAAAAAGAUGACAAUUCAUUGUUGUAUGUUUGCACAAAUUCAAAUAAUUAUUUCAAAAUAUAAAUUAGUUAAAAAGAUGAUUUUAUUGUGCAAAUAAAAAAAAUACUAUAGAGAUGUAACACAUAUCAAAUUGGCAGAUCUAUUUGUAAACGUAAUAUGCAUAUAAAUUAUAGAUAUAUUUAUUUGGAGUGCAAUUGUGUGUAAGUGUGAACCAUUUCCACCUCAUCAAUCUGAGCUUCUUCAUUCUGGAGAAGCCUGUUAUGUACGAUCAGACAAGAUUUAACUGGCUUCCUGGAUCAUCAUGCCUAACUGGUUCUUAUUACAACUCCUCAUGAGCCAGCCAUUGCMGUGUAAAAGAAACAUGUCWCUGUAAAAAGGGGACUUAACCAGGAAUGAGACUGUAUGUCUUAGGUUGUACAGUAUCUCUUCUGAUUGCACUGAAAGUAGGGUGUCCUUUUAAUGCACAAUAUAAUUUUAUUUUCUUAUUAUUAUUGG